UUUACGUCGCUUAUCGUCUUUUAAACUUCAUUUUCUGAUUUGAUUCUCAUUGGUUGUAAUCGAGCCGUUCGUCCUAGCGCUGCUCUGUUUACGCUCAGAGAAACAGCGGUGAGGAAUCAGCUGUUGUUGUGUCAAACAUUCUUCGAGGUCUUUUUCCGCAAGGUAUUCCCCGGAUUGUAUCUGUAACCGUGCUCGUGAUCUUUGUAAUCAUUUGCUUGUUCUAAUCAUCAAUGCUGAUUGCAAAAGAACAAUGAGCUUCCCGGAGAAACAAGACAAUAUAUCGAAAGAUGAAUGGGUUGCCAAAUUGGAGGAGAACUCUCACACUCAGCGCGUUUCUAUGAAUAAUUUGAUUAUGAAUUAUCUCGUCACAGAGGGAUUCAAAGAGGCACGAAAUGGACGCAUUCAGGAGGCAACCGAUCUUGUGAACCAGUUACAUCCAGAAUUAUUGGACAAUGAUAGAUAUCUUUACUUUCACCUGCAACAAUUGCACUUGAUAGAGCUGAUUCGCACAGGUAGAAUCGAGGAGGCAUUACAGUUUGCUCAGGACCGUCUGAGCGAAGCUGGUGAAUCCGAUGAUAAUAUUUUGUGUGAACUGGAGCGUACCCUAGCUUUGUUGGCUUUCGAUGAACCUCAUAAGAGUCCUUUCAGUGAUCUUUUACAUCCAACUCACAGACAAAAGAUAGCAAGUGAGUUGAAUGCAGCCAUACUGAAGAUGGAGCACAGAGAAUCCACUAGCCCACGAUUGAAUAAUUUGCUCAAAAUGAUACUUUGGGCACAGGACGAGUUGGAUAAGAAAAAAGUGAAAUAUCCGAAAAUGACAGAUUUAGGUAGUGCCACCAUUGAGAGUCCAAAGUAAUAGGAGCUAGAUACAUUGUGGGACAAUAUUCAUGUAUUUAUUAGUCUGAGAAAGGAUGUGUGAUUGUACUAUAUUAGUGUUUUACACGUGAACAGGAUACAUGGGAGGAAUA